GGAGAGGUUUGCCCAUUUCGAACAUGGCUGCUGAAGCAUCGAUUAGGUUUCACCACUGAAAAUCGCUUCCUGAAAAAGGGCGGGUGGAGUCAAAGGGAGGGACGGGGGGGGAUAUGGCUGCCCCCAUCAAGAUCUCACAGUGGGUUUCUUCCUAGAGCUUAGUUUGUAGUUGAGGCUCCUUUUGUCCACAAGCUGGUUUUUGCUUUUGGCCAGGACGCUGGCUGCUGCUUUUGCAGACGUGCUUCCCCUCCCUCUCCACAGCCUUCUGUGCAUGCUCCAGAUCCUGCUUUAAGCCUGCCUUGAGUACCCAAAGCAUGUCUUGGCAGGUUUCCACCUGUUGAGAAUACACCCUUCCUCCUUUUUGCCCCCUUGCAAAAGCAGGGCCUGUUUAUGGAGCAGACCUGGCCAAGCUUCUUAUGAAAGGUUUUAAGUUGUUGGCAUUUAAUGUCCGAAAAAGGGACUGUUUUGGGGAAGGGGCUCUUGGGGUGGUUAUUAUGGCUGGUGGGUGCUCCAAUGACCGGCGUUUGCUGAUACAAAAUUCCUUCUCUGCUUGAACCUGGGUGGGUUUUUAAAAAAAUUUUAUUCAAAGCGGGAGUCAGGAAAGAGGCAGAGCUUGUAUAAAGCAAGGGUAGGUUAAAAGCAAAGAGAGCCCAAUGGGCCAAAGCUGAGCUACGUAGUGUGGAUUGAGGGGGUCAUGGGGAAUGUGCUGUCCCCUAUGCCUGGGCUGCACAGAGGGGCCCAUCGAGAGGAGCCACUUGCCAACCCGGGCAGCUUUGAUGAGCUCCAUAGGAAAUGUAAAGAAGUCUUCCCGCAACAGACAGAAGGAGUCAAGCUGGUCAUUAAUAAGUCCCUCACCAGUCAUUUUCAGGUGACCCACACCAUUCACAUGAGCACAAUUGGCCAGUCAAGCUACCACCUCAACUCAACAUACGUUGGAGACAAGCAGUUGAGCCCCACAGAGGCCUUCCCAACGCUCAUUGGUGACAUUAACAAUUCUGGGAGCCUCAAUGCUCAGGUGCUCCACCUACUGGCCGAGCGGGUACGGACAAAAGCUGUAUUCCAGACUCAGCAGUCCAAAUUUGUGACAUGGCAGUUUGAUACUGAGUACCGUGGGGACGACUACACGGCCACCCUGACGCUGGGCAACCCCGACUUGAUCAGCGAGUCGAUCAUCCUCGUUGCGCACUUUCUGCAGAGCAUCACUUCGCGGCUGGUUCUCGGGGGCGAAAUGGUGUACCACCGGCGGCCUGGUGAAGAGGGCGCCAUUGUCACACUUGCUGGGAAGUAUACUGCUCUCAAAUGGAUAGCCACGCUGAACCUUGGCUAUGGCGGGGCUCACGCCAGCUAUUACCAUCGUGCCAAUGACCAGAUCCAGGUCGGGGUAGAAUUUGAGGCCAACACUCGGCUACAGGAUACAAGCUUUGCUUUCGGUUAUCAGCUCACAUUGCCGCAGGCCAACAUGGUUUUCAGAGGUUUUCUGGACAGUAGUUGGUGUGUGGGGGCUGUUCUGGAGAAGAAGCUGCCCCCUCUGCCUGUCACCCUGGCCUUGGGAGCUUUCCUCAACCAUUGGAAGCACCGCUUCCAUUGCGGCUUCAGCAUCAUCGUGGGCUGAGCGUCUGGAAGGCCCGUCGCGCUCGGCUGCGAGAGGCACUUGGACUUCAUUUUGUCUUGGUAGGAGGGCCCUCCCUGGCCCUGUCAAUAUAUGUGUGUGUUGUGCGUGGGGCAGAGCGAGGCACUUCACUACAGACUUCUGCAGUGCGGGAGCGGAUUCAGGGCCUGCCGCAUCGUCUCCGUGCGCCCCCACUGCAAUCCUGAGGAGGUCCUCGCAUUUGUUGUUUUGUUUUCAAAGACAUUUAAUUUAUGGAGGGGAUAUACUUUCCUCCCAAAACAUGGAUUGCUUUCUUCCCAAUUAUACAAGGCAUCGCCUCUGUGGCAGGCAUUAGGGUACAGGCAAGGGUGCCGUAGCCCUCCCUCAUGAUGCCUUCGUUUGCUGGGGUUUGGAGGACGCUGACCGUGGCAUUCCCUCGAGUAGCUGAGAGUCGAUGCCAUCCUUAUGUCAGUUCUGUCCCGAAGUUCUGCGUUUUGGAGAGGCUGGUGGGCUGAGAUGGGUUUGUGGGCACUGCACCACUCCCCCAUACCCAGGGCUGUGAUGAGGACAAAGGGUUGUGGCUUCUGUGUAGUAAUGGCUUGGAAUACAAUUAAAAUCAUGCUGGGGGCAUUGCCCCCCCCAAAAGAAA